AUGGCAUCCGGAAAGAAGCAUUUUGUUCUGGUGCAUGGGGCUGGCCAUGGAGCUUGGUGUUGGUACAAGCUGAAGCCACUCUUGGAAUCUGCAGGUCACAGGGUCACAGUGCUGGACCUUGCAGCUUCUGGCAUCAACUUGCAGAAGAUAGAAGAUGUUGAUACUUUCUCACAGUAUUCGGAGCCUUUGUUGCAGCUAUUGGCAACAAUUCCCCCAAAUGAAAAGGUGAUUCUAGUGGGUCACAGCCUUGGGGGACUCAACAUAGCACUUGCCAUCGACAAAUUCCCAGAAAAAAUUGCUGUUGGUGUUUUCUUAACAGCUCUAACUCCAGACAUUGAACACAAGCCAUCCUAUGUCUCAGAAAAGCACCUUGAGAAUACUCCACCUCAGAAUUGGUUGGACUGUGAAUUCUUCCAGAGUGGAAACAAAACAGUAGUUGUUUUUGGUCCCAUAUUCUCUUCCACCAAACUCUACCAAUGCUCCUCCGUUGAGGUACAAUUAUUACAUGUUGCAACCUUCUAUUCCAUUCACUAUUGCACGUCGAAAGAAGAAUAUGUUUUUCUUCUUUAUGAAAACAAAAAUAAGGAUUGGAUUUUGCAGGAUAUAGAAUUGGCCAAAACUUUAGUGAGGCCAAGUUCCCUCUUUAUCGAAGACUUGUCUCAGCAGAAUUUUUUUUCUAAAGAGAGAUAUGGGUCAGUUCCUCUUGCAUCUAUUGUUUGCACUGAGGACCUUAUAAUUCCAUUGAAUUUUCAGCACUGGAUGAUUCAAAAUGCUGGCGUCAAUGACGUUGUAGAGAUCAAAGGUGCAGAUCAUAUGCCUAUGCUUAGCAAGCCACAAGAACUAUGCGAUUCUCUCCUGCAAAUGGCUGCUAAAUAUGCAUGA